GGUUACAAACCUUUUAUGGGCCCUACUCAGCUGGGAUAUCAGCAUCUGCAUUAUAGCUCUCAUCUAUUCUUAGGUGGUAUCAGAGCACGACUGAGCAGUGCCCUGUUGCUGCCUUUGAAAGCGGUACAACAUGGCUUACAGUGUGAAUCUGAAUGGACCUGGACCAUGGGGCUUCCGACUGCAAGGGGGCAAGGACUUCAACAUGCCCUUGACCAUCUCCAGAUCUCAAAUCUGCUCCAGAAUGUUCAGAUCUUUCUAGAGAGGUCUUGGCUCCUCCACAAAUCACCUGCAGAAGGCUUAUUUUGCAGUUCAAUGACGAGAGAGGUUACUUACAUAACAAUCACCCCUGGCAGCAAGGCAGCACAGUCGCAGAUGAACCAGGGGGACCUUGUCGUGGCCAUUGAUGGAGUCAACACUGACAGCAUGACCCACCUGGAGGCCCAGAACAAGAUCAAAUCAGCCAGCCAUAACCUGAGCCUCACUCUGCAGAAAUCUAAACGUCCAGUGCCAGUUUCAACCACAGCUCCCAGAAUUGACUCUCCCAGGGCUGUAAUUCCCCAUCAGAAGGAACCUGCUUGGGAAAUCAAUGGCAACAGAACAACCUUCAGUCCUCUAACUAACACGGCGACUGGGCCUAUGAGUAGUGUUUUAGCAACCAAUGGAACAUUUUCAGGCUACCUCAACCAGCAAGAGAUCAGCCUUUCAGAUAGCUCUUCCUACCUAAAGACUACCACAGUUAGAUCUUCCAUGUCCUCUCAGUCUGUGACUUCUGACAUUUCACCUGCCAAGAGCACUUUAGGUUCCAAAGCAAGCCCUGCUUCGGCUGGUGGCAGUAGCCCUGCACACCAGCUGAGCCCUGCGAGGCAGUAUAACAACCCCAUUGGCCUUUACUCGGCAGAGACCCUGAGGGAAAUGGCUGAGAUGCAUAAAUUGAGUCUCAACCGAAGGGCUUCAGAAGGUGGACUUCCUAGAGGUACCCUCCCUUUAAAGGAUCCUCAUGUAGACAGUGCCUCUCCAGUGUAUCAGGCUGUGCUUAAAACUCAGAACAAGCCUGAGGAUGAGAGCGAGGACUGGAGCCGUCGCUCUGCCAACCUGCAGUCCAAGUCCUUCCGCAUCCUUGCCCAGAUGACUGGAACUGAGUACAUGCAAGAUCCAGAUGAAGAAGCCCUGAGGAGGUCAAGAGACAAGGAAAACAUUGCAGCAGCAUCAGAAAACAGUACCCCUGUUGAGCAUGCCCCGGUGGCUCCCAGUUCUGCUGCUCCUGCACCACAUGCUUCAGCACCUCAGCCUGCUACUGCUGCUCCAAACACAGCCAGCCCGAUGACAGCACCAGCCACCACCUCAGUAGUGCAAGAGUCUUUCUCAUCCUCCUUCCAAAGAAACACAAUCCAGUCAUAUACACCAAUGCCAGUCUCUGGAAGCUACAGUGAAAGUCCUGCUCCUUCUGCUGCUUCAAAAAUGAGAGUUGUUACUACUGCCAGCAUAAAGCCCUCUGUCUACCAGCCAGCGCCAGCACCAGUUCAUUCCUACACCCCUGCCAACACGGAGCCUGCGAGUCGCCCUCCCUGGGUAACAGACGACUCCUUUUCCCAGAAAUUUGCACCUGGAAAAUCCACCACCACUGUCACAAAGCACAUCCUACCAAGGGGUGUUCCAGUGCCAUCUCCUGCCACAAUUUCUGCUUACCCGUCUCCAGUUCCAACUUCUUCCCAGCCCCCUGCAUUAGCCCGGGGAACAGUUCAGAGGGCGGAGCGUUUUCCAGCCAGCAGCCGAACUCCUCUCUGUGGGCACUGUAACAGCAUCAUUCGAGGUCCUUUCCUGGUAGCCAUGGGUCGCUCUUGGCACCCAGAAGAAUUCAAUUGUGCUUACUGCAAGACAUCCUUGGCUGACAUGUGCUUUGUGGAGGAGCAGAACAGUGUGUACUGUGAGCGCUGCUAUGAACAGUUCUUUGCACCAACCUGUGCCAGAUGCCACACUAAGAUUAUGGGGGAAGUGAUGCAUGCCCUAAGACAGACUUGGCACACAAGUUGCUUUGUCUGUGCUGCUUGUAAGAAACCAUUUGGGAAUAGCCUGUUCCACAUGGAGGAUGGUGAGCCUUACUGUGAGAAAGAUUAUAUUGCUUUGUUCAGCACAAAAUGUCAUGGCUGUGAUUAUCCUGUUGAAGCUGGAGAUAAAUUCAUUGAAGCUCUUGGACACACUUGGCAUGACACCUGUUUCAUUUGUGCUGUCUGCCAUGUGAAUUUGGAAGGUCAGCCAUUCUACUCCAAGAAGGACAAGCCACUGUGCAAGAAGCAUGCCCAUGCCAUCAAUGUUUAAAAGAAGAGUUGGUAGUCAGUAAUGCUGGGGUAAAACAGAUGACUGACUGGGCAAUCAUAAAGUUGAUAACCAUGGCUAGCAUUUCUCUCGGUAAAAGCUAGAAGUUGGUACUUCUCGAGUUUAACUUUAUCCUCUUUCAUAAAUGCAGAAUGUGCUUUUUGCAAAGUUCAUACAAAAACCUAUUGAAUGAACAGUCAAUAUCAAGUGAACUAAUGCACUAAUCCAUUAUUAGAGCAACAGAUGGCAGAAAUAUUGAAAUUAACUAAAAACCUUAAUAUAAAAAGUAAUGUGCAAAUAUAGUUUUAAGCUAACUACCCGCAGCAGUUUUACUGCUUAGACCACACACUGGUGUUUAAAAACAACUGGGAAAAUACUUCUGUAUUAGGUCAUUUUUCUUUCACAGCAAUAAUGAGUAAGUGCCAUAUGUACAGUCAUCUGUAGAACCAAAGGCCAUAGCUUUCAAAGGGAAAUAAAAUAGAUUAGGGCUUCCUCUAGGAAAAGUGAAUGCUAUUCCAUUGUGUUGUGGUGCUACCUCAUAGCACCAGAUAUUUUAGAUUCUUUCCAAAUAACAAGUCUUCCUUGGAUCCAUAUGUAGGUGGGAAGCCUAGGUGACAAUCCAUAACAGUUUGAAAAUAAAAUGGUUGGGUCAGCCUUGCUAGUGCACUUGGCUUCUAUGUGCACAGUAGAUAAUUCACUCUCAAAUCAUAAUGGAAAAGGACAACUGGCUUUCUCUGAAUUGCUCUUACACUGAAUGGAAUAGAGCUGGCUGGAAAGGCCAACUUUUAAUUCAAAACCAGUUUUCCUUUCCUUCUGCAGAAAAGGAGAUUCAAUCUUGCUUUGGUUUCUAAUUCCCACUGAUAUCAGAGGGAGGUAGGAACCUACGUCUGGACCUUCACACCGGUGAAGGUCAGAAGAAACUCAUCCAUCUAGCACAGCUAGGCUGUGGGAAAUAGCUUGCAAAAGUUCCCUACUGUAUCUCACAUAAUUAGGAAAAAGGCUUUUUUUUUCCUAAAGUGAAUGAAUGAUGAUCAAAAAUUCUUAAGGUAGCAGGCACAUACUCUAUUCCUUUCCUUAAUUUAAAUGCAACACAUCAUGAAUUGUAGCAGUAUUUGCCAUUGGAAAGCAGUAGCUAUGUUCUAACAGUGAGGAUAAUCAUACAGUCAUCUUUUCUAAUAACCAUACAGGCAUCGAUCCUAAUAGUUUGAAAAUAACUUUCAAGUUAGUCAAACAGUUCUUUAUAAAACUCUUUCUUUCAAAUGAGCAAUACCUGUAGUACUGAUAAUACUUUUGAAUUUUUGAAUAUCAAUUUUAUAUUUGAGACAGCAGUUCUGUCUGAUGGAGUUAAGAUGGAAAGUCUGAUCACCAUUCAAGCUUAUUAACUCAUUUAAGUGAGAAUUACGAUGUGUGUGUUGACAGCUUGCAGUACUGACAGUUUUGAAUUAGUACUUCUGAGGCUGAGGAUGCUUUCUGUGGGCCACAUGCUGGUGUCAUCUGCACCUAUUUUACCUUGUGUUCUGAGUAGCAAAAAAUUACAUAACAUUGUCUGUCUUGUCCCUCCCAUGGGUAAUGCCCAUUUCAUUUGUGUGUCUUUUAAGGGAUGAAAAACUAUCCAAAGCUUGGGGGAGGAUUAAAUGAAAUUUGGAGUUCUAAUAUAAGAGCUAAGUUAGCUGCAGGCAGUCUGCAUCUUGGACAAAAAUAACAGCGUGAACUGCCUGUGGCAGUUUUGACAUGUAUGACUUGUAUUUAUUCAGUAGGUAUCUUAGUUUUCACUGAUCUUAGCAGUGAUCUGAUCUCCAUUGCUACAGGGUCAGAUUUUUGUAUGCAUGAAUUAUUCUUAAACACUAGUACAUUAUACACAAAGCCCUUUUUUCCUUUCUUUUUUUUUUUUUCCUUUUUCUUUUUUUCUAUAAGUAAGCAAAUUUUCUGUUUUCAGUUGGUGCUGGGCUGGUGUGAAUACGGUCUCACAGAUUAUAAAAUCCAAAAAUCUGGCUCAUAAUAUUCUCCAGAGGAAUAAAUCAUAAUUAUGGAAGUUAAAUAUUUUUCCACUCCUAUUUGACUUCAUUAAAUACAUAUUCACACAAGUGAGAAAAUUCUACAUUUCCUUUUCAUUUUUCAGUGCCAUUCGAAAAAAUGCUGUUUAUUAUUAAUUGUUCUUUGAGAGAAUUCACAUCAGCAUACUCUCUCCUGAGAAUGCAUUGAAGAUAUUCUUUAGGCAGAUUUGUGUCAGUGUUGGCCACUGACAGGGUCUAAUCUCUGACUGCAACAUCAGAACAGGGAGUCAGGCUCCAUGGGAAGGGCUUGUGAUGAUGCUUCAGGAGAAUUUCACGGGGUCUUUCCCCUCUGAUCCGCGUGUGUUUAUGUGUGUGUCUCAUUCUCCCCUCCACCUUCCCCCUCCGUGUCCCUGUAAGACUCCUCUCCGUGGCAGCACGAAGGAUAAAUCAUUUUAGGAUCUGGCCAGGCAUGUCGGGCUGCAGCUUAGGGAGGAGUAGAGUCUGGGAAGCCGCUGGCAGGCAGCACGGCUGGGGCUGAGCUUCCUCCAGGUCCCUGCGUAGGGCAGAAGUGGCAGCCGGAGUUCCCGGCGUGGGGCGGGGUGUGGGAAUCGGGGCCUGCCCGGAGGAGAGGGGAGGGGAGGGGAGGAGAGGCUGGCAUCUCACCGGGGAGAGAACCUGAGACAGCCGGAAUGCAGGGGCUCUGCGGGCCUCCCUGAGUGGCGAAAGAUGAGGCACUGAGGACACGGGAAGCCCGUCCUGAGGCAGGGCUUGGAGGGGAGGAGCAGCCAAGUCAGGCCGGUUUCACCAAGCCGGCAGGUCAGAGUAGAGGUGGGGUGGGGGGCAGCCAGGAUGACUCACCACAGUCAGGGAGAGGGCUCCAAGUAGGAAAUAAGGGUGGAAGUAGCUCCCGAUAGCCCAGAGAGGUGGUUUGAAUACGUUCAGAGGGGUGAGCAAGGAUACAAUCUGGUAAAUCUGAAGCCUGGACUGCAGGGAAGGGAAUGCAGGGUAUGUAAGCAGGGCUGAGCUGGCUUGCAGGGGGGCAGCAGCGCAGACCUCAGAGGGAGCCGUGCUGGCUUGAGAGAGUCCUGAAGAUUUCCUUGGGCAGAGAAGCUGCGCUGCAUGCCCUGCCUCCAGCUGGUGCCUGAGCGAGUGAGAUUAAAGCGAGUUUACAUAGCACUAUAUGAGCUACGGUGAUAUCUCUGAAUGAAGAACAGAGAUACCCUGAGGAUUAUCAUGUAAUAAAAUUUUCCUGUUAUGACUUGUGCUGCUUCAUAAUGUGGUCCAAAAACAGGGAAUCCACGUACCCGCCCUUGAUAUCUAUAUUAGGAUAUAAUUUUUGCACAUAUCUGAACCAGAAAUUCGUGAAUAAAUAAUGUAGCAUUUUAACUUUCACAGGGGUAGAAUACCACAUAACUGCUGAUACUCUUCUGCUACGUCACUUUUGUGAUAGGGAGAGGGUAAAAUGCAUAUAUAUAUAUAUAAUAAUAUAUGUAUCUCUAAAUUCAGAAAAUGGCCUUUGAACUAUCACUGAAAAUAAUGUACAAAAAUAUGCAAAAUGAAUAAUGUGUACUUGAUUAUGUUUUAUGUCUUGUAAGAAAUGCCUGGGAUAAGUCCUAAGUUCUUUUGAAUAUUCCUUUUAAUUCUAAUUAAUGUGAGGUUUUACCCAGUAAAUCAAAGAUACUGUACCUCUGAAUGAUCAAUUUAAAAGAUCAGUCUUUUGUCUAACUAAAAAGUGUUCAAUAACUUUUCAGUCAAAGGAUUCAAAAGCUUUUUUAAAUUCUUUUCUCUCUUUUGGGGUUCUUUUUUGCAGAACAGGGCAAAUUAAAUGUUUCCAAAGAAGGCUACUUUUAUUAUCUGGACAAAAUAAAACAAUCUUAGGACUUCUUUUCAUUAGUUUUUACUAUAUUAGAUUCACACAUUACACAAUUCUAAAAUCAAUUCAAAACAAGGAAAAAUAUUUUCCAUUGGUCCUUCAGUGGUCAGUACUUUGGGUGAAAUGUUUUGCUGAAGAUUACUUGUAUUUAUGUUUAAUAAUGUGAAUGUCCACAGCACUGAACACACUCAUUAGUGUCUAAUGCUGGGCACACUAAUGUUUGUUUGCAAUAUUUGUCUCCUGAUAGUGGAUAUUAAUUUGUUUAGUAUUUAUAAACAUCAAAAUUUGAAACUGAGUGAUUUAUUGCCUGCAGUGAUCAUAUAUUAGAAGUCUAGGUUUUAUAAUAUUUUGACAUGUUGACUUGAUGCCACAAGUGCCCUUGCUUUUAGAUAGAUAUUUUUUCCUAAGUUGCUAGUUAUUUCAGAACAGAAUGUCUGGUGGUUUAUGAGAUGUGAGUAAUUACGUUGCAUGGAUUAUCUGUGCCAACAUGAAUAAAACAGUCUAGUAAUAAAAGCAAUGUGCAAAUACAGUUUAAACUUUAUGAUUUGGGUAUAUUUAUUAAUAUGCCAUGUGAACAGCUGACAGCUUUUAGCCAUGUAAUAUCAGUAAGAAAGCAUACUCAAGCUUGUACUCUCUACUUCAGACCUGAAAAUAAAAAUUAAAAGCAUUGGUUUCAA